AUGAACCUCCGCCCUGUCUUGUUGCUGGCGACUUUAUGCGGCGCAGCCAGUGCUGCCGGCAACAGUCAGGAUCAUGAAAAGGCUGAUGAAACCGCAGUUUACAUCUACGACAAUCCACCUAUGCUUUUGCGCAUCUUCUGGAUAGUGGGAUCUAUCUGUGCAGUGCUGGCUAUUGGUAUUUCGAUGUACAACAUCAAGCAGCAUGCUGCUUGUGCUCACUUGCAGGGCUUCGGACAAGACGAGCUUAUCUCUUCUUUUGGCGCACGCGCAAGUCGCAUAAUGAAGCUCCUGCUCAUGCCCUUGACGUUCGCCGCGACGGCCGCACUUCAGAUGUUCCUGCCAGGAGCAGCAGAGCUUCUGGCUCUGUUGCGCACAUGUCAGCUGGCACUUUCGAUGAACGUGAUCAUCGAGUUGCUCUUCAUCCUGAACGGCAGCCAGAAACAGAUCGUGGCGAAUUUACCGGAAGAGCCGAUUGCAGUCUUCGGAAAGCCACCGCUGUGCUGCAUUUUCGGCUGGGGCUGCUGUGCUCAGAAGGUUCAGCUGUGGCAUCUUCGCUUCUUCGUGUUUGGCUUGCAGCAAUUCAUGGUAAUCCUACCCGUGGUGGGCUUGAUUGACUCCUUCAACCAGUCAUACGCCGAGAGUAAUCUUUUUGCCACGACUGACAAGGCAUGUGGGAUCAUCGUAACUUUGAGCACCCUCUUCGGCAUGUGGAGCUUCAAGUGCCUGCUUCCACUCAUGACGGAUUCCAUCCGGACAAGCGCUGCUUCCCAGAGCAAGCUGGAUGCCAUGGAGCAGUUCCUCUUGCUGCAGAUGAUGUCUUCGAAGCUGAUGGACAAGCUCCUGCCCUUGCUUGUGAAGAAUGAUUUGCAGGCAGAGGGCUGGACGAUGCCGAACGCACUCUUCCUGCAAGUUCUCACAGGUUUCCUCACGUGCAUUAUUCAGUUCUUGCUGGCAACACUGGGCCUCCGUGCCUACGAAGCCGGCGCAGGGCUGUAUCCGCCAGUGAACUUUGCCACCGACCUCCCGCCAGAUACUUUGGCAUUGCUUGAUAUGGAUGGGAUUGAUCCUGACAGGUCCACGCCAGCAGUCGUUUGGCUCCUUCGGGCCGUAUGGUGUUGGGCGGGCGUUGGGAGGAUGGCGCAAGCGACCACUACCAAGACGGAUGGUUUCACGCAGUCCAAUGCGUUAUACAUGUUCAAGGAUCCCCCUGAAUGCUUGGUGGGAUUCUGGUCUGUUGGAAGCGUCUGCGCUUGCCUGGCCAUUGGCAUUUCCGCGUAUAAUAUUCGGCGGCACAGGGCAGCUGCAAAAGCUCAGGGCUUCGGAGACGAUGAGCUCAUCUCGUCCUAUGGUGCUCGAGCGGGCCGAGUGAUGGUACUCCUGCUCAUGCCCUUGACGUUCGGCGCGACGGCCGCGCUUCAGAUGUUCCUGCCAGGAGCAGCACAGCUGCUGGCUCUGUUGCGCACAUGUCAGCUGGCACUUUCGAUGAACGUGAUCAUCGAGUUGCUCUUCAUCCUGAACGGAAGCCAGAAACAGAUCGUGGCGCAGUUGCCGGAAGAGCCGAUUGCAGUCUUCGGAAAGCCACCGCUGUGCUGCCUCUGCUGUAAGCAGAAGGUUCAGCUGUGGCAUCUUCGCUUCUUCGUGUUCGGUCUGCAGCAAUUCAUGGUGAUCCUGCCCGUAGUGGGGGUGAUUGAUGCCUAUACGCGCGGCACCUUCGCCUGGACUGACAAAAUCUGUGGAAUUGUCGUAACUGUCAGCACCCUUUUUGGCAUGUGGAGCUUCAAGUGCCUGCUUCCGCUGAUGACGAAUUCCAUUAAAAACCAGGCCAAUGUGAACGCCAUGGAACAUUUUGUGCUGUUGCAGAUGGUGCUGUCGAGACUCUUGGAGAAAGUCUUGCAGCUGGUGGUGAGGGAUGACCUGGAAAGUGAGAGCUGGGUCAUGCCAAACUCAGUGUUCGUGAGCAUUAUCACAGGUUUCAUAACUUGCAUCUGUCAGGUGGGCCUGGCAGUCUUGGGCUUAGGGUCUUAUACUGCUGAUGCUUCGAUGUAUCCGGCUGUCGACUUCUCGUCUGGCCUCCCCCCGGACACCAUAGCAGUGCUCGACAUGGGUGGUAUUGAUCCUGACAAGUGGCAGAGACUACGGGAGCUCCAAGAGACCGUGGCUGCUGUGGCUCCACUGCUCGAGGGAGGUCUGCUUGAAUGGAUUUCAGACGUGUUUCGCUUGUGGAACAGAAAAGGUUGCUUGAAGCUGCUGACGCUGCGUCCUCUGUGCGUUCUUAGCACAACAGAUGCCACACGUCCUGCCAAGGGCGAGAACAACGUGCCUGCCGUGGCCUUCUUUGGCUGGCCUUUGCUGCCCUUCUUGCCGCGAUGGCAGUCUAGGAUCAUUACUUACGUGGGACCCGGAAUCGACCUGCCGCAGAUCCCAUCACCCUCCAACGAGGACGUGGACCACUGGCACAAGGUGUACAUGGAAGGCUUGCAGAAGCUCUUCGACGAGAACAAGGCAGAGGCUGGUUACCCUGAUGCGCAGCUGGAAAUACUGUAA